CUCUUAUAGAAAAUAAAAUCAGGAUUUCCCUUCAAAACUCUGUAGGUAUGUUUAUGUUCUCUCUUUAUCAUUUCCUUUAGUCGUUUUUCUUCACCAACACCGAUAACGUCUCUCCUCUCUUUCCUUUAACGUUUUCCCUCUACUUUUAAGCAGUCAACUCUCCCAUUGGCCACAACUUAACAAGCUACCUCAUUGGUCAAAACUCAACAAGAUACGUGGGAAACUUAAACUUAAAAGUAAACCAACCUAUUCACUUAAAAAAUGGUCUCAGACCUGGUCUUCCUCUCCUACUUGGUCCGCCGCACCACCGCAUCCCUGCUCAAGGAGCGCUGCCGCCUCAAACUCAAAGUGGAGCGCAACCUGGACAGGUGAGCCUAAUGGGAAAGACGGGCUUGUUUCAGCAAGUGGGCUUGCUUCAGCAAGAACACUACUGUUGUCUUGCUUACAUAAUUGUUACCCACUGGGCAAACUUAUGAUAUAAUUUCAACAAGUUUUGCCUGUGGAAAAUGGAUAAAUGUCCUAAACUGACUAUCGUUGUUGCAUAUGUUUGUAUGUUGCUAGUAACUAUUGAUUAAUAAUAGUUGUCCCUGUGUUCUGAUGACUUGGGAAUCCCAAUGGAGACAAAAAAUAUGAUAUUUAUUGAUCGAUUGAUUUGACUGAAUGAUUGAUUGACUAGUGUGCUGAGCCAUACAGUACCAGACAUGUCCAUCCACUGCAGCCUGUCCUCGGUGCACUGCUCCCUGGACCUGGAGCGCUACCAGCUGAUCCGAGGCCUGCUGGACAACAACCUGGGAGAGCCUGUCGAGGAGUUCCUCUGCCCGUACAACCUACAGGACCCCAGCAACUAUACGGUGUUGAGUGGUGACGUGUACACCAGCCUGUCUGUCCUGGUGGACAUGAUGAACGUCAGUCUGGAGUUGCUGGACAGCCCGAAGGCCACUGGACAGAAACCAUGCUCACUAGCCAUGUUUGAUUUCAUGAAGUCCAAGCUGCUGUUUUAGAGUUUCUCCAAUGGCUCCAAGUCUGUGAAUCUGGUGUCUCACUCCCUCUUGGCAUAUGACACCUGUUACACCGUGGCCUGGCAUGGACGCAGGCAGCAGUGCCAGGGGCAAGCACAAUGUUUUCGACUGCAUCCUGCAGCCCUCCAAGACGGGCACCAAUCGGGCCACCCUCCAGCUGGAGCUGCAUUACAGGUGCACUAGGGACUCUUCCUGUUUCGCUGUUGUCCUCAACAACCUGCGUGUGUUCCUCAUCUUUGAUUGGCUCCAGCUGGUUCGGGAAGUGGGCGGGUGGUGCGCCUCGCCACCGCUGGCCCAGCGGCAGCAAUGACCCAGGCACCACAGGUACUGUCAUGGCCAAGACAGUCAAGUGCGGCGUUUUCACC